GUCCCCGGCAGGGGCCGCUGCAGCCCCGAGGAGGGGCCCGAGCGCUGCGCCCCGGCCUGCGGGUUCUGUCCCGCGUCAGCUCGCUGUCUCAGCCCACCCGGGAAUCAGUCGUACUGAAGAACCCAGAUGCGAGCCCUCCAGACGGCCCCGAGGAAGCUGGUUUCCCAGCUGUUCUGUGGACUGAAGUCUUCUGCGGCCACAAGAGCCCAGAUUUGCCUGACGAUGUCGCGUCCAAGUUCAAAUAUGGCCGAUUUUCGGAAGCUCUUCGCCAAAGCGAAGCACAUAGUCAUCCUCUCAGGGGCUGGAGUCAGCGCGGAGAGUGGGGUUCCCACGUUUAGGGGGGCUGGAGGCUACUGGCGGAAAUGGCAAGCUCAGGACCUGGCCACACCACAGGCCUUUGCCCGGAACCCGUCCCAGGUGUGGGAGUUCUACCACUACCGGCGGGAGGUGAUGCUGAGCAAGGCCCCCAACCCAGGCCACCUGGCCAUUGCCGAGUGUGAGGCCCGGCUGCACAAGCAGGGACGGCGUGUCAUGGUCAUCACCCAGAACAUUGACGAGCUGCACCGCAGGGCUGGCACCAAGAACCUUCUGGAACUCCACGGUAGUUUAUUUAAAACUCGGUGUACCUCUUGUGGAGUCGUGGCUGAGAAUUAUAAGAGUCCGAUUUGUCCAGCAUUAGCAGGAAAAGGGGCCCCAGACCCCGAUGCCCAGGAUGCCCGGAUUCCAGUUGAGAAUCUUCCCCGGUGCGAAGAGGCCGGCUGCGGGGGCUUGCUGCGGCCUCACGUCGUGUGGUUUGGUGAAAAUUUGGAUCCGGUUGUUCUGGAAGCAGUUGACACAGAACUGGCCCUCUGUGACUUGUGCCUCGUGGUAGGGACGUCCUCGGUGGUUUAUCCUGCUGCCAUGUUUGCCCCCCAGGUGUCGGCCCGCGGAGUGCCCGUGGCUGAAUUUAACACGGAAGUUACCCCAGCCACUGACAGAUUCAGGUUUCAUUUCCAGGGGCCCUGCGGUACAACUCUCCCAGAAGCCCUUGCUCCUCAUGAAAGUGAAACAGCUUCUUAACUGGUCCUGGGAAGGAAGAGGUACUUGGGCCCCAGUACUGGACCCCAGAGGAAUCCUGUGGAGAACAAGCUAAAUAUCGGAAGGUCUGAAGAACUGCCUGAUUCACUGGCCGAAAUCCAAUCCUGUUGAUAAGUGAUAUGGGGCCUCGAAUGGAACCCGGGGCAGCUAGAUCUCUC